AUGAACUCUUCUCUGAUAAGAAAGGUCUCCAAGGAGGAAGUGAGAGACGCAAUCUUCUCGAUCAACGGUGACAGCGCACCGGGACCGGAUGAGAUGACCGGAGCUUUCUUUCAAAAGUAUUGGGAUAUCAUUGGUGAUCAGGUAUCAAAAGAAAUACAAGAGGUGUUUGAGACGGGAGUGAUGCCGAAAGAGUGGAAUCUGACGUACUUGUGUCUGAUUCCGAAGAUUCCGAGUCCUGAGAACAUGACGGACCUACGGCCAAUCAGCCUUUGCUCGAUUCUUUACAAGGCGGUGUCCAAGAUCUUAGGGAAAAGAAUCCAACCGUUUCUUAACUCCUUGGUAUCUGUCAAUCAGUCGGCAUUUGUGAGUGGAAGAAAUAUCUCGGAUAAUAUUCUCAUAGCGCAUGAAGCAGUCCACGGUCUUAGAGUUCAUCCCACCAUUUCGAAAGAAUUUAUGGCCGUGAAGACAGAUAUGUCUAAGGCUUACGACAGGGUCGAAUGGAGCUAUUUGCGAAGCUUAAUGAAAGUGCUAGGGUUUGAUCAGAAAUGGAUUGAGUUGAUAAUGAUGUGCAUAUCGACGGUCACCUUUGCGGUUCUGAUGAAUGAUCAGCCUUUCGGAUUGAUAACACCACAGCGAGGUCUUAGACAAGGAGACCCUCUGUCACCGUUUAUGUUCGUCUUAUGCACGGAGGGACUAACGCACUUACUGAAUGUGGUGGAAAGGAAUGGGUUGCUGAAUGGCUUGCAAUUCUCAGCCGAAGGACCGGCUAUCCACCACCUAUUAUUUGCUGAUGACAGCCUGUUUAUGUGCAAAGCCAACCCAAGCCAGGCCUUGGUACUUGAUAGGAUCCUGCAAUUCUAUGGAGCCGCCACAGGACAGACGAUCAAUCUGCAAAAGUCAUCUAUCUCGUUUGGGGAGAGGGUUAUGGAAACGGAAAGAACAGAGAUCCAGAACAUUUUGGGAAUUGUUAAUCAAGGUGGUGCGAGCAAGUACUUGGGACUCCCUGAGUGUUUCUCAGGCUCGAAAGUGGAGCUCUUAUCGUACAUAAAAGACAGGACCCGAGGAAGAUUGGAGGGUUGGUACCUACGACAUUUGUCUCAGGGCGGGAAAGAAGUGCUAUUAAAAUCAUCAGCUGGUGGAAUACCUGUGUUUCCGAUGUCCUGUUUCAAGUUACCGAAGACUCUCAUCUCGAACCUCAAUAGUCUGUUCGCUAAUUUCUGGUGGGGCGCUGACUCGCACAAAACCAAGGUUCACUGGGUCUCAUGGGAAAAAAUGUGUCUCCCUAAACACUUGGGAGGAAUGGGCUUCAGAGAUUUGGAGUGUUUCAAUCAAGCUUUACUUGCCAAGCAAGCGUGGAAAAUCUUACAUCAACCACUGUGUCUUCUCUCAACCUUCAUCAAGAGCAGAUAUUUCAACAAUGGAGACUUCCUCGAAGCGUCUAUGGGUGACAGACCGUCAUACGCUUGGAGAAGUUUGUUGUAUGGUAGAGAACUCCUGCAAAAAGGGUUGCGACACAGGAUUGGUAACGGUGAAAAAACGAGAGUGUGGUUGGACAAAUGGAUCGACGAUCCAAUAGAAGGGCUGAGAGCGCCAUGGAUCAAAAAUAACUCGUUUGAUGUAAACUUGAGGGCGAAGGCACUUAUUGAUCCUGAGACUAAGAGAUGGAAUGUGGAGAGACUGGCUGAAGUUUUUGUUCAAGGAGAUGUGGAGAUCUUGCUGAGGAAUCAACCGGUUACGGAAAGGGAGGAUUUUUUUUCUUGGAGGUUUAACAAGAAUGGUCAAAUCACGGUGAAAUCUGCGUAUUGGUUGGCUUCAACGCUAAAAACUGAGGAAAAAAAUCCUGAAGCUUUGAUGAAUCCAUCGCUUAAUGUGCUUAAAGAAAAAGUUUUGAAAGUGCAAACCUCCCCUAAGAUUAGGGUCUUCUUAUGGAAAUCAGUAAGCGAAGCGCUUCCUACAGCAGAACUGCUCUCUGCAAGAGGAAUGAAAGUCGACAGAAGAUGUCAAACGUGUGGAGUGGAGGGUGAAACGAUUAACCAUAUGCUAUUCGAGUGUAGUUAUGCACGACAGGUAUGGGCCUUGUCAGAGAUUCCGAAUCCUAGAGGUGGAUUUGAUGAGGAUUCAGUGUUUGCUAACAUGAAUACACUCUUAACCCCGAGCUCUAGAAGCCAAGGAAGGUCUGAAGUUAAAAGGAGAUGGCCGUGGAUUUUGUGGCUUUUGUGGAAGAGAAGGAAUGAGCUAAAUUUUAAAGGAAGGGCUUUCAAUGCAAUGGAACUUGUGCAGAAAGCGAUCCACGACUCAGAGGAAUGGUUUACAGCGCAAAUGGUGGAGGAAGAAUGGCAAAGGGAAGAGAGACUAAAUCAACCAGUGGUUCAAAGGAAAUGGCUCCCGCCGGAAACAGGAUGGAGCAUGUGCAAUAUUGGAAUGGAGUUUGACAAAAGUAAACUAAGAGUCGGCGCUGGUUGGGUUCUGCGGAAUGAAAGGGGAGUGGUCUUAUGUCACAGCAGAAGAGCCUUCUCUGCUUGUAAGAAUAGGGAAGAUGCUAAGUUGAUUGUCGCAAAGUGGGCAAUAGAGAGCAUGCGUAGCCAAAGACAAUCGAAAGUAAUCUUUGCAGGGGAAUUUGGAGAUUUGUUUGGAGCCACGGUGCGACCCGAGGAAUGGCCAUCCUUUCAGGUCCAAAGCUCCGAGAUAAGGAAAGAGUUGGAAGGAAUCGAAGAUUGGAAGUUGCUGGUGGUUAACAGAGAAGCUAAUAGAGGUGCUGUUUUCAUUGCACAAAGUGUCACUAAUCUUGGAUUAGUCAAUUCGUAUGUAGCCAGAGGUCCUCCUUCUUGGCUAUUUGAAUUCUUUGUUAAUGAAAGUAGAAACCUCUGA